AUGGAAGAAGUGCUGGAGGCGGCAGCCGCGUUCGAAGCCGACAAAAAGGUCGGUUGCCUCGUGCUCAGCGGAAACGAACGCGCCUUUGCUGCAGGUGCCGACAUAGCAGAGCUGGCAGCCCAGGAUUACGCCUCCAUGCAGGCAAGCGACUUCUUCUCCGGCUGGGACAGGUUCGCGGCGUUGCGUCUGCCCAAGAUAGCCGUCAUCGACGGCUACGCCCUUGGAGGCGGUUGCGAACUAGCCCUGAUGUGCGACGUCAUCCUGGCAUCCGAAAACGCCAGGUUCGGUCAGCCGGAAAUCAAGAUCGGCUGUAUUCCGGGCAUCGGUGGCACCCAGCGACUGACGAAGCUGGUCGGCAGGACUGUGGCGAUGGACAUGAUCCUGACCGGAAGGAUGAUUGAUGCCACCGAAGCCCUGCGCAUCGGAUUGGUCAGUCGCGUCAUUCCACGCAAAAAUCUGGAAACCGAGGUCAACGAGGUCGCAAAAUCCAUUGCAGAGUUCCCCAGAGAUAUCGUUCAGAUGGCUCGCGCCUGCGUAAACAUGGCCGAGAACAGCACACUGGACAUGGGAAUACGAUACGAGCGGCAGACUUAUCAUGCGUUGUAUGGCCUGCCGGCCCAGCGCGAAGGCAUGUCUGCGUUUCUUGAGAAAAGAACUCCGCGCUUCAACGAAGGCUGA